AUGGUUCGUGUGAUCAGUCAGAACUUUAGCCCUCCUAGAAGCCGACACAGUUCUGGAGAGACAGACAGAGACCUGGCAGAGAGAGCGAGCCUGGCCCUGUCAGUUCAAGGAAGAAAACGGGUUGAAACACCUGAAUUUGAAUCUUCCAGCGAUUCGUAUUGGGAUUCUGAAUUAGACGGUGAUCAGUGUGAUGUGGCUGGAUGUGAACUUGCUGGGGCAGCGAACGACAUCAACGGGAACGAAGCUGUGGAAAAGUCGCAAGAUGUCCAUAGCAAGAGAAAGGAACGGCGCCGGGAGCGAAACAAGUUAUCUGCACAAGCCUACAGACAGCGCAGGCGCAGCGAACAUGUCAAAGCUCAACAGACAUUAAUGGAACUUGAAGCAAAGAACAAGGAGUUGCACACAAUUGUGGAGACAUUGGAGAAGGAGACUGAGCGUGUGAAACACUUGCUCCGGGGACCUUCUUUUCCUACUGUUGAUGUUCUUCAGCCAAUCAGAGAACUUGAAGGAGCAACUGCCGACAUAUCGGACAUAGAUACAGUCCAGAAUAAUCCCCAGUCGGUGAUUCCUAGCAGGUCGCACAUGCACACAUCAUGUUCCAGCCUUGGUGCGACCGGUUUCCUUCAUUCAGAUCCAAACCCUGCCCUUCAGCUUCCCAGCUUUUCCAAGAAGCCACCACAUCCUCCUGUCAUUAAAGACCCCCGCCAGCAGAUGCCUAUGAUGAUGACAAACACUGCACCAGAUUUUUCCGGUCCCACAUCCAGUAGGCCAAACCCAGCAAUGUGUCCACCACUGGCUGCAAAUUUUCUUUUCAACACAAAUAUUUUGAUUGAUGCCACAGCCUGCACACCAGGUUCCAUCACUCCAACAGCUAUCCCUGCUCUCCUAGUGCCUGUUGAGAACCACAGUCAGGCCUACCCUAGUUCCAAUCUCAACUGCAACCUCUUGCGAACAUACUCCCCAGGGAACCACUCCACAGUUGAUGCUGCUAGCCAAGAAAGUAAACCCAGUUGUACACACCCACCAGCUGACCCAUACCCAGUUAUUAAUGCUGUUUGGUGGAACAGAACCCAGAUAAAACCCACUCUUGGCCCCGUGCCUGGAACCCUGGUGGGUCUAGUUAACAUGGGACUGUGCAAUAGUAACAACGUGAACAGCAGCAGGGUUGAAAGUGAUGACACAAACGGAAAUAAUAACUGUGAUAACAACAUCAACAUUCAAAACCAUCUUACAUCUCAGCCUGUGUCUUUCAAUCUCAACCAAGCCCAGGCUGUAGAUCCAACUAGCCAGGAAGCAAUUUGUCAGAACCAAUUUAGUCUUAAAUAUCCAGUAGUACCUGUCCAGUAUUUUCUGGCACCUAGUGACCAGAUUUCUGUCCAGUAA